UGGGGGUUUAAAACACACUUUCUGACACGAGAAGCAACGGAUUCUGUGCAAAAAUAUUGGACAAAACAUCUGUGUGUGGUUGAAACCUGACACUUUAUGGGCUGCGGUUUGGUGAGAAGAUAGAAAGCUGGGUGUCGGUGCCUACGCUCACUUUUCAGCUUCACGUCCCUCUGGACUGCGGGUCCACCUGCUCAGAAUUAUUCUAGUUCUGUACUGGUCAGCUUCUGGUCAGCAUGAACACCCUGCACGUCCUGGGUCUCCUGCAGCUGCUGGCUGUACCGGCCUUUGCUCUGACUCGGCCGAGUCACGACUACUGGGGGGAGUUCGGAGCCUAUGGGCCCUGCAGUCGCACCUGUGGCACUGGUGUGGCCAUGAGAACCAGGAAGUGUAUCACUGCCAGGACAGACGGAGGACAUAACUGCAUUGGAUCCUCUAAAUCCUUUCGAACAUGUAACACACAUGAAUGUCCAGUUGGAUCCAGGGACUUUAGGGAAGAGCAGUGCUCCCACUUUGACAGAAUAGACUUCCAGAGCAAACGUUACACAUGGGUGCCUUACUAUGGAGCAUCAAAUCCAUGUGAGUUGAACUGUGUCCCGCGGGGAGAGAACUUCUUCUACCGGCACAGACCUGCUGUGGUGGACGGGACGCCGUGCUACGUGGGCCGCACCGACAUCUGUGUGGACGGCAUCUGCAGGAUUCUGACCCAUGCGGAGUUUUCCGGCCUGGACGAUGACGCCAACUCUGUGCACUCCGUCGUUCCCGUCGCCGUCGCGUCCCACCCCGCGGAGACAGCCGCGUACGUCUACAAAACCGGCGUGUACGGCGAGUGCUCGGCCACCUGCAACGGAGGCAUGCAGUAUCGCACGGUGGAGUGUUGGGUCCAGGACCCGCUGGACCCCCGCGCGGUGGAGGAGACGCACUGCGCUACCCAGCGCCUGCAGAGGCCGCAGAGUCAACAAACCUGCAACAUGCAGCCAUGCACUGCUGAGUACAGCGUCUCCAGCUUCAGUGUGUGCUCUGUGACUUGUGGAGAAGGCCAGCAGUCAAGGGAGGUGAUCUGUAUUGGACCCGGAGGUGAGCAUCUGCCCGACCGCGCCUGCAGCGGGCUGGAGCGGCCUCCCUCCGUCAGGGCGUGCCGGAGGCCUGCCUGUUACACUCAUAUAACCUGGCACGUGACUGAAUUUGGACUGUGCACGAGAAGCUGCGGUGGCGGCGUGAGGGAGAGGAGGGUCAGCUGCUUCGAUGCAGAUUUGAACCCGUACCCAGAGGUCCGAUGCGGAUUAGCCGGGAGACCAGUUUCUGUAGAGGGGUGCAACGCUCAGCCGUGCCCUGGAGCUCAGACGGUGCCAAGUGUACAGGACUCAAGGACAUAUGAAAACACCUUCAGAGGAUAUGUCCCCCAUAAUCCGUCAGAAACUUCAGUUUCCAGGCCUGAUCCAAACUCUGUCCAUGACCCCUACCCUGCUGUGGUUGGUCCUCACUGCCUUCAGUCAGUUUAUGGCUGCUGUCCUGACGGCCACACCUCGGCCACUGGACCCCGACAAGAGGGCUGCACUCAGGAUGACUGCGUUCGCACCAGGUAUGGCUGCUGUUUGGAUGGAGUGACUGUGGCUCAAGGGUUUGGAAGAGCUGGAUGUCCUGAGUACCAGACAGCUGUGCAGAACCCAGUGUCCCCCUCGGCUCCAUCUAGUGAUAAUGUCUGCUCACUGCCUCGUGAUGAGGGCCCUUGUGACACCUGGAAGGUCCGCUACCACUACGACUCAAGCACUAGCAAAUGCACCGAGUUCUGGUACGGAGGCUGUCAGGGCAACGCCAACAACUUUGCGUCCCUGGAAGCAUGCAAGCGAGAGUGUGGAGGUGUGGUGAGGGAAUCACCACCGGGGCCACGCAGACGGGUCCCAGCGACCAGAGGGUUGACUAGGGCUGUGCUGAGGGCAAGGGCAUAGUCGUACUUACCACUAAUACCUCCAAUUACCACAGUACCUUCCUGAACUUGGGUAUCACAAUAUAUACACAGCUAAACACAAUACAGGGUAUGGACAUGUACAAAUGAUAACCUUAUGUUUUUGUGUCUGAAUCAUAACUGUUAUCACCCAAGUAAAGCCUUAAUAUAAAGCAAUAAAUAUUCCGCUAUCCACUAA